UUGUUGACGGACCGACCCGAAGGACCGGAGCAAGACAAAAGACAAGAUAGCCUAAGUUUAGAGAGGUUAUGUGUUGUGUAGAUAGUGUUACUCCUCCCAUUUUUUUAAAUAAGUAAAGUGGUUAAGGUAUUCUGCUAAAGAAAGCUAGAGAGAUGAUACGUCCAAAUUCACCCAGUAGUAUGAGCCUUACAAAGUUACAAAUUGUGCCUUGGUUCAGCAAGGAAGAGUGGCUGGAUACGUAUAGUAAUGCUUAUUCUUCCAGUUUUCACUUACGAGAGAAAGCAUACACUCAGAUGUGCAUUUGGAAAGCUAGGUUUCCCAACUUGCCAAUGGGAGUGGAAUGUACCAUGAGCACUUUGCAUGUUAAGCUGUGUGACAAACCUGAAGACAACACUUACCAAGACAGGGACCUCCAACUACUAUACUCAACAGCAGUAAUGAGGUUCCUUAAUCAGCUGACAGUGUUGUCUGAUCGCAAAGACUCUAUGUACAAGAUGGCAGAGCUGUAUCAGCUGCCUGAUUGGAUCAUCAACUUAAGACACGAGGCUGCACACGGCAACUCAGUGCCUGCCUUGUACUUACUGCGACAAGCUGCAGAUAUCAUUCUGCAGUGGCUGGAAGAAAAUUAUUGGAAAGUGGAAGAAGAAGUCAUGAAAGAUGUUAUCAAGAACCCAGAACAGGAUAAAAUAAGGAUUUGUUCAAAUAUAAAAAAUGUAUUAGACUUAUGGGUGACUUUGAAAACACAAUACUGGUCAGAAUUGAGAACUAUUGAUCAAAUUGGGGAUGCAAAUAUAAGGAAGCAGGCCAUGGAUCUAGUAAUGCAAGGGAGGACUGGAAUAAAACUAUCUAAAGAAACAAAAAACCAAGAAGGAACUUAUAGUUUUAAAACAAGAGAAAAUUGCCAAGAUAUUUCAAUGGAGGACAACAAUGUAAUCGAAAAUAUUCCUGAAACAAGUGAAGAAUACACUCACAAAAUAAAAACAACUUUUGAUCCUUUACUGAAGAAGAUUUUAGAACCAUUAAAAGCCAAAUCCUUCCGAAAAAUACUGUAUCAAAAUUGUCUCAUUGAUUCUCUUAUCCGUCACAAAAGCUUCUGCCCGCCAAUAGAUGUUGAACAAUUGUCUGAGUCACAAGCACUGGAGUUGAUGUCUCUACUGGAAGAUUUGUGGAAAGAGAUCAUUGAAGGUUUGCAAGCCAAUGACAUUCUGCACUGUCUGUUGAAACAGCUGAUAUUACAUGAGGACCAGCUGAUGUCCAGUCAGCUGUGGUUGAGGCUUGUCAGUCAGCUGAUCGCUGGUCACCCCCCACCCCACCCUCCUGGAACCCUUGAAGUAUCUCAAAUGGUCAUUGAGGCCCUACCUACUGCAGUAAAACCUGAGGUGUUAAAAAUAAGGGUAAAUCUGCUACAUAUGCGGUAUAAUAAACCUAUGGAACUGAAGUCAGCAUCAGCAGAUGAACUACAUGUGCUGCAAGAGUUGGGUAGGAGAGUUUUAGAUCACCCCACAAGAUUCACCACCCAGUAUUUGCACAGUUUGCUGAGCCUGUGGGAACCCCGGAUGAGUUGGGAGACGAGAGAGAAACUGUGUGCUCUGGCGAGGAUAUACAACGGACAACAGCCUCUGAGGAACCCUCCGACUCAGGUGUACACCUCCGCGUCUUUCCUGGGGGAGCAGGAAGAGAAGGAGGAGGUGAUGUCCACUGAGAGUGCGGACAGUCAGUCAUCUCCCUGGACACUGUAUACUGGAGAUGCAGAUUGGAGUCAAAGUGCCUUAGGAGCUUUACCACAGUGAAAACUACAAUAAAG